AAGCUUCUGAGAAUUGCCCCUGUAAAAGCAGCGUCUACGUCAGAGAAGGACGCUGUUCACAUCAGCAGAUACUCAGACACAAAGACACCUGGCUUUGGCAUACUUGCAUUCACCUACUCUCACUCGAUCUCUUUCUCCUCAUCUUGCUACCAGACUGGAGAGUAAACACACCCACACACAAAACGGAGCUGAAUCCUGUUUUCGGUCUUGAUUUUUUUUUAUUGUUGUUGUUGUUUUUGGGUUGUUGCUGUUGGUCUUCACACCACACCCUGGGCUUUUUUCAGGUUGUAGGGAUGUUUUUUUGAGCCUGGUCUACAGGUAAAUUUUUUCGCUUAACAGGAACCACUAUUUGAAAAUGAAGAAAAUCUGGUCCAAGAAGAGAUUUCAGAGAACUGGGCAUUCCACUCGGACAUUUGGCAGAUUUACCCAUGCCACCCAGCAGUUUGGCUGGUGAUUUUAGACUCUAAUGGGUACGAAGAGGAUUGGUCGUGUGGGUGAGAGAGAUGCUGGUUUCCAUAGUAACGGUGCUCUCCCGUCUGCCCUCUCUUGCUGCCACUAUGGAAGCGAAGUUUUCCGCUCCUGCAGAAAGCAAAGCUAUGACUCAGAGACCACAGAGGAUGAAACCACAGAACCUCAGAUGGAAACUAAAGAAGGGACCGGGAGGCACCAAGACAAGGCUGGUCGGAGAGUGCCCUCAGGUGAGGGAGGCCGGAUGAUGGACUAUAACCCUGAUGCUUCAGACCGCAGGGCCACCCUACCUGGUACCUAUGAUCCCGUGGUGGAGCGAGAGCUCCGCACUUUGGGCUCUCGCCCUCCUGGGCCACAUUUGGACCCCACAAACCCAGCCAGGACUCAAACUGCUGAGGAAUCACAGAGGCUGUCUUCCCGUCUACCCCUGUCUUCUCCUCAGCCACCUCUCAGCACAAAUAAACACAACAUCAAUAACCCAAAACAAGAAGUGGAUCAAACUAAACCUUCCGACCUUCAAACUUCUAAGAAUGGUCAGUCAUCUGGAGCUAACAGUAUUAUCAUGACUCCCAAACUGGCUCGUGCAGGACCCAAGAUCUUUGACAAGGUUCGGGCUUUUGAGGAACGAAGGGCAAGCGUGGAUCUGCCAGGAGGCGCAGCUUCCUUUGGCUCAGAUGACAGUGGAAGAAAGACAGGAGGCCCCGGGAAAGAGGAGGGACAAGUAAUGCCGGGAACAGCCCAGAAGAGAGCAGCAUUCCAGCAACGGGCCUCAUCAUUGGAAGACAAGACAAGCUACUCCCAGCGAGUCCAGAGCUAUCAGAGUAAGUUUGCAGAAGAGCUCCAGAGGAUCAAGAAACUUGUGGGGAAGCCAAGCUUGAAGAAGGCAUAUUCCACCGAGCAGCUGUCACAGAAAGACAGGUUGAACACAGGGAAAAUAGAGCCCAUUCCUCCCCAAGUGGUUAAAAAGUUGGAGGCAAGGGAACGAGCGCUGGAGGAAAGAAAAGCUGUGGGGAGGGAAGGGGACAGCAUAUCCCAGAUUUCUCCACAGGCCCAAGGCAAAGGUCUGGGGAAUCAAAGUAACAAACCUGAAAAGAAUAAGAUGACACAGACAUUGGAUGUCUCAUCCCAAGAAAGCACAGGGAAAAUCUCUGUUACCAUGGAAACGGCACCAGUUCACCCGUUACCAGGACAACCAUUGCCAACAGCCACAAGGAAAAGCCUUAUCAGUGAAACCCCACAAAGCUCACUGAAAGCUGACAAAGACUCAGUUGUUGCCAUCCCCCAUAAAUCAUCUUUCUCUGGAGAUCUGGGAAAGGAUUCAAAGCAAGCUACCAAGAUCAACAUAUCUGACCUUAGAUCAUCCAACCCAACAGGGAAGCGAGUAUCCCCUGUAACUGUGAGGGAACCAGUGUCCCAGUAUCCACCCAAACCCACCCGACUCACUCCGUCACCCACUCCUUCAGUUAGCCCACUCCUAAAAAAGAGGAGAGCCGAAGCAGGACGGAUAUCUCCCGCCUUGACAAUGGGCAUCCCUACAAUCCUAGUGGAGGAUGAACCUAUGGAAACGGAAAAUAUCACAGAGAAGAGCAAUAAGGGAAGCAAGACCGUGAGGAGGGAGGGUCGAAUUCGUAAAAGCAAGAAAGGACGUUCAACUCAACCCAGGUCUCCAGAGGAAGGGGGGUCAUCUGAUGACUCCUACAUGUCUGCUGAUGAGGAGCCAGCUGAGGGUCCAAAGUUUGAAAAGCCCCUAGAGGACACCACAGCACCCAGUGGCUCAGAGGUCACGCUGCAGUGCAUUAUCACUGGCAGCCCAGCCCCCACAGUGACAUGGAGGAAGAAUAAUGUCCAGAUAUGGAAUGAUGCCUUCCAUGUGGUUAAAGUUGAGGGUGAGAAGCACAGUCUGGUGAUAAAGGAGAUGAGGCUUCACAACGCAGGGUCAUACUGCGUCACAGCUGUCAACACAGCGGGCAGAGCAUCCUGCAGCGCUACCCUCUACAUCCAGUCAGAGCCCACCUGCAUCCAGUGUAAGGAGCCAGCUGCAUUACUGGAAGUCAGCAGUCCAAUCCAGUCAGAUGAGGAGUAUCUGAGCCCAGAGGAGGCCAUAGAGGUUGGAGUGUCAUCUCUGAAUAAAACUGUCCACUUGAAAGAGCCGCCUUCGUUUCAGGUGGCACCAUGUGACCAGGGAGUAACUGAAGGUCAAGAUGUUGUUAUAUCAGUGAAAAUCAAAGGACAGCCCAAACCCAUGGUGUACUGGCUGAAGGACAGAGUGGCACUGAAAACAGCCGGCCGCUUCAUCGUACAACAGACUGAAGAUGGUACCAGUGAAAUGAGAAUCGGCUUUGCUCAGAAGUCAGAUGCCGGACUUUAUGUUUGUAAGGCUGUGAACCAGUAUGGAACCAAGCAGGCAGAGUGCAGAGUGGAGGUCAGAGCUGCAGCACAGACGGCGCUGAAAAUCAUCAGGGAGGUAAAAAAUGUGGCAGUGAGGGCUGGAGAGUCGGCCCUGUUUGAGUGUCAUAUUACAGGACCUCCAGAUGUUGAUGUAGACUGGCUGUCCAAUGGAAAGCUGAUCCAGCCAGCACUGCUUAACUGCAAGAUGCACUUUGAUGGAAAGAGGUGCCGUCUUAUGCUAAACUCAGUGCAUGAAGAUGACAGUGGAACAUACACCUGCAAGCUGAGCACUGCCAAAGAGGAGCUGACCUCAAGUGCAAACCUGAGAGUCAGUCCAUCGAGAGAGCCUCUGUUCACUCGUAAACUGGACAUCCUGGAAGUCAUCGAAGGACGCACUGCACGGUUUGACUGUAAGGUGAGCGGAUCACCUGCUCCACGAGUCACAUGGAUGCACUUUGAGACACGAGUCGAGGAGAGUGAUAAUGUUCGCAUUCUUCAGGAGGGGGGUCGUCACUCACUUGUCAUCACCCACGUUAGCAGCGACACAGAAGGCUUCUACACCGCAGUUGCUCAAAAUAUUCAUGGAAAGUCUGAAUGUACUGCUGAGCUCUACAUGCAAGAACCCAGAGCUGCCAUCUCCUCUCACAUGGCAAAGUUAGAGAAGAUGCCAUCCAUCCCUGAGGAGCCUGAGAUGCUGGAAAAUGAAGUGGAGAGAAGGACUAUGCCAGAUUUCCUUAAACCUCUCGCUGAUGUGGAAGUAAUAGAAGGAAAGGAGACGGUGUUGAAAUGCAAAGUGGCAGGUCUGCCCUAUCCAACCAUUGCCUGGUACCACAAUGGCAAACGCAUUGAGAGCAGUGAAGAACGCAAAAUGACCCAGUACAGGGAUGUCCAUAGUCUGGUCAUUCGGAGCGCUUGUCAUGCUCACGGAGGUGUCUACAAAGCUGUAAUCUCCAACAAAGUGGGCAAAGCAGCCUGCUAUGCUCAUCUGUAUGUCACAGAUAUUGUUCCUGACCCCCCUGAUGGUCCUCCAGUUAUUGAGGCCAUUACAGGAAAAACUAUAAGCCUCAGCUGGAAAAGACCAAAGAGGCUUGACCCUUCAUUAGAUGCCAGCUCUUUGCUGUAUUUGGUCCAGCAGCAGCCUCUGGGCUCUAUCCAGUGGUCUGUUGUGGCAUCUAACCUGAAGGAGACAAACUACACUGUCACCUCCUUGUCCAAGGGAGUUCGUUACGCUUUUAGAGUCCUAACAUCUACUGGGAAGACACUAAGCAAACCAUCACCCUCCACUGACCUGGUCCAGCUGCUGGACAGAGGGCCGUAUUUAAGGAAAGCACCAGUUAUUUUGGACAAACCAGACAUUGUCUAUGUGGUUGAGAAUCAGCCUGCGAGCAUCACCAUCACGCUGAACCACGUGCAUGCAGCUGUCACCUGGAAAAGGAGGGGUGUGGUUUUGGUCAACAGACCAGGAACACUUGAGAUGAGCAUGCCAGAUGAUGAUCAACACACUCUGAAGCUACAGCGGGUUAGGAGCACUGACGUUGGCCAGCUGGUGGUCACGGCCUGCAACCAGUUUGGCAGCGACCUCUGUACACUUCAGCUUGCAAUGGCAGUUGCUCCUAAGUUUGAAAGUAUCAUGGAGGAUGUGGAUGUGACUGUUGGGGAAACAUCACGUCUGGCUGUUGUGGUUGAAGGGAAGCCAGAUCCAGAUAUUCUGUGGUAUAAGGAUGACAUUCUUCUCUCUGAGAGCAGCCACUUCACAUUUGUGUACGAUGAUCCUGAGUAUUCCCUCGUCAUCCUUAAUGCUCAACCGGAACACUCUGGUGUGUACACGUGCACUGUAAAGAAUCUGGCCGGGUCCAACUCCUGCAAGGCUGAGCUCACAGUUCACACAGAGCAAAAAGAAGCAGCAGAGCCAAUGGAGGACGAGGGGACCAUUCUGAGGAAGAUGAGGCGUUUGACAGAUUAUUAUGAUAUCCACAAAGAGAUUGGGAGGGGGGCCUUCUCCUAUGUGAAGAGGGUGACCAUCAAGAAGGGAAAGACUGAAUUUGCAUCCAAAUUUAUUUAUGCUCGGGGAAAAAGGAAAGCCUUGGCCCUCAGGGAGAUGGAUCUGCUAUCUGAGCUGGAGAAUGAGAGGAUUCUCUAUUUUCAUGAUGCUUUUGAGAAGAAGAACAUAGUGGUGCUCAUCACAGAGUUAUGUCACGAGGAGCUGCUGGAGAGAAUGGCCAAGAAAACAACAGUCAUGGAGCUGGAGAUCCGCAGUGGAAUUCAGCAGAUUUUGGAGGGUCUACGCUAUCUUCACCAAAAAAGUAUUGCUCACCUUGAUAUAAAGCCUGAAAACAUUUUAAUGGCAAGUCCAGGAAGUGACCAUAUCCGUAUUUGUGACUUUGGAAAUGCUGUAAAAAUGGAGCCUUCAGAGGAGUACUACUGCAAAUAUGGCACCCCAGAAUAUGUUGCACCAGAGAUUGUUAACCAAACCCCCGUUUCCACAGCAACAGACAUCUGGCCUGUUGGGGUCAUAACUUACCUCUGCCUAACUGGGGUGUCUCCUUUUGCUGGGGAGAAUGACAGAGCCACUGCCCUCAACAUACGAAACUACAAUGUGGCUUUUGAAGAGAGCAUGUUUUCUGACUUCUGCAAAGAAGCAAAGGGAUUUGUCAUCAAGCUUUUAGUGGUGGACAGACUGAGGCCAAGCGCCAUUGAAUGCCUUCGUCAUCCUUGGUUCAAGUCACCAACAAAUAAAAGCAUCAGCACAGCUAUGAUGAAGCAGGUUCUUUCCAGAAGGCGAUGGCAGCGUUCACUUAUCAGCUAUAAAUCCAAAAUGGUGAUGCGGUCCAUUCCAGAGCUGCUGAAUGACUCAUCCAAUCACGUCUCCAUUGCCGUGGCUCGGCAUUUAAAAGAAGGUUCCCCACCACCCUCUUCCUCCUCAGACUCAGAUGCAGAUGUAGAUGAACUUCCCUUCAUCCCUAUGCCACUGUCCAUGGUCUUCUCUGGCUCUAGGGUCUCCCUCAAUGAGAUCACAGGUGAAGAAGAAGUCAAGCGGCUGGGUGUUGUUGCUGAAGGAGUACCGAAAAAUAAUAGCAUGAGUAUGGCAGACGCUAGAGGAGGGGAGGGCAAAGAAAUGAAAGAUGAAGAGGAAACCCCAAAUGAGGAAAGAAAGGGAAAACGAGGGGCUCUUAAGAAAGGCUCAAGUGUGGAGACUGAUGAAUCCCAAACAAAAGCCAGGCGAGCUACCAUGAGGAGGGGUAGCUCUGCUGAUUCAGCUCUGCUUCUCCAUAUUGACCCAGAAGAUAGAAAUGCAGCUGGGGAAUCAGAGGGAAGUAACAAGACCCUGAAAAAGGCAGUUUCUAUGGAACUACCUAAUCGCAGCCCAAGCCCUGGGGCUGCAAAGUUAAGCCAGGAGGAUUAUGCCCUAAAACUGGAACUGAUGAGACAGCGGCUGCUCAGGGGAGGAAACGUAGAUAAAAAGAUGAGCGGCCUUCGAGGGCCAUUGUUUGAAACACUUGGCAUUGAUGAUGAGAGGCAGACGGGGUUUCUUGAUCGGAAUUUGAGGAUAUCCCGAACAGGGCCAUCAACGCUCACCAGGGCAGCAUCUUCUGACAGUCCUGGAGAGGACACGCCAAAGACCAAAGUUUUCCGAAAAAGUGUUUCCUUCACUCAGGGUGAUUCUGAGCCCAUGCCCCUGCACCGCAGGUUUGGAGCCCCCUUAGAGAUUCCAUCUGUGGGCAAUGCUAGCACAGAUGGGAAGACUCUCCAGGAGGCAACUUCAGUGUCUGCAUUGACUGAACUGGCAACACCGGAGUCCACAUCUGAGUCUCCUAGAGACAGAACGUCCUUUCUAUUCCCACCUCCUGGAAAACUGGACCAACAACAGAACCAGAACAAUGUGAAAGAAAAUGAGUAUCUGGAUGUUAUAACAGGGAAAAGGACCAAAACUCAGUUAGAAAAGGGAGAUAAAGCAGAAAAUGAGUCUCGAUCACCCUCUGUUAUUACACCUAUAAUUGUAAUAGAGGAGGAUGAUGAAGAGGAUGAGAGCAAAGCCAAUCAGGUUUUAGAUAAAAAUGAAAAGGAAACACAAGGAGAUGAGAAAUCACCACAGAGUAAUAAACAAUCAUUUGCAUAUGAAGGAAUCAGUCAAGCAGCACCAUCUCAGAAAUCUGCCACGGUCCAAUCCAAAGACCUUGCUGCUAGAGCCCAGCCAAGUGAUUCAAAGUCUCCUGAGACAUCUGCUUCACCUGAGCAUCCAGCAGUUUUUGCCAAAAUAGCAACUGGUUCUGUUUCCUCUUCAUCAAACCCUGACGCUCCCACCACCCCUCGCCAGCCUGUGCUCAGAACAGACAUCAAAGACAUUGACUCAGAGGAGGUCUUUGAAGCCAGGUUUAAGAAACGGGAGUCAUCUUUGACCCGUGGCCUUCGCAAAUUGACCAGAAACAAAUCGGAGGAAAAAUCUCCUGUAUUAAGCCGCAAGGCAGUUGAAGGGGGUGAGGAGAUUUACAGACCAGGUCCAAGGGGAGCACCACUUGAAAUGGUAUCUAAAGAACUACCACAGAAAUCCAAAUCUGUUCAAGACUUAAGAGAAGUAGAUCAGGACACAGGCCUUGGUCUAAUUGGGAGGUUGUCCUUGCGAGGUAAGCGGUCGACAUCCACAGAGAAGAAGAGUGAGAAAACAAAGGAGGAAAAGCUAGCAAAUGUGCAGGAAACUGCUGUGAAUAAGAGAGUUUCGUGGGCUAUUGGACGCAGCAAGUCUCUGGAUACAAAGGAGCUGAACAGUGCUGGGGCACAGAGGCAGCCGGAUGAGCGAGAGCAAAGAAAAGCUGAGGAGUCAUCGGUUUCUGCUAUGAGGCGCAAGUUCGAAUCCAAAGUGGCGGGAAUCUCUGCCAAAAUAAGGACUCAGUCAGAGGAGAGGAAGGCUAAAGAAACUGGAGGGAGCCAGAAAGAGCUGGCUCAGAAGGAUAUAAAUAAGGUUUCGGAGUCUCCUGUGCUGGCAAUGCGGCAAAAGUUUGAGAACAAAGUGGCAGGAAUAUCCACGAAAAUCCGCAGCCAGUCAGAGGAAAGAAAAGGAGACGCAGAGAGCAAGAGCACGCCGCUGUUUGCUCGCCACCGCCAUUCCCAGUCUGAGGGUCGUGGAAUUGGACUGGGCAUCCCUGAAAAUCAGUUAGCAAAACAAGCUGGCGCAGCUGCAUCCAAGGAGUCUGUUGAAUCCACGUCAAGCAUCCAUUCCGAAAAAGCCUCAGAGAAUGACAGACGAUCGCGGUGGGACAGGUGGGGCUUAACGAGGGGUAAAAGAGACAAAACCCCUUCACAAUCUGAUUUGCCCUCAACUGUCCCUAAAGAAGAAGGCCCGACAGGCCAACAGUUUAACCGCUCAGCUUCAGAUUUUGCUCCAGUUUUUCACAUCAAACUGAAAGACCAUGUCUUAUUAGAGGGGGAAGCUGUCACUCUCAGCUGCCUUCCAGCUGGGAGUCCACAUCCAGAAAUAGCAUGGAUGAAAGAUCGGAAACCGUUGGAAGUAACAGAUGACAGGAUCAACCUGAUCUCCCACCCAGAUGGCAGGCAGCUUCUUACAAUCCAAAAAUGCAUCCACAGGGACGCUGGUGUUUAUGAAUGCAUAGCUACCAAUCCCAUAGCGACAAUCACUACCUCCUGUACACUCUCUAUAGCUUGUGUCCCAAAACAACCUGGAACUCCUGAAGUAGCUCAGACUUACAACAACACAGCCCUGGUGCUGUGGAAGCCAGCGGACACGAAAUCUCCAUGCAGCUACACUCUGGAGAGAAAAGCAGAAGGUGAUUCUAACUGGGUCACUGUAUGUACUGGAGCUGUGGAUUGUUACUGCAAUGUCACUGACCUGCCACCAGGUGGCACCUUCAAGUUCAGAGUCUGCUGUGUCAACAAGGCCGGACAGGGACCGUACAGCAACUGCUCUGCUCCAGCCAACCUGGACUCAACAGCUGGAGGAGCUUCACCUGCCAUAGCUGUUGUAAAGACGGACCAACCCCUUGAACCAGCCUCUCAGCUCAAACCGGUCCAGAACAAUGCUGUCAGGACAGCAGUCUCCACCAUCCCCUCCACCUCCCCUUCUCCAAAAGAUGCAGUCCCCCAGGUUGCAUUUUCUCCCCCAUCUCCCAAAAUGGCCAUCAUUCCCUCUCCUCCAUCCAGCCCUGCAGGUGAAGACACUCAAACAUCAAGCACCCCUUUUCCAUCUUCUCUCACCGCCAAAGCCCCUCCAUCCUUUGUCCUCCCCAAACCCCAGAGUCCAGUAAAUGUGGUGACCCCUAUGACUCAGUCCCCACCUGUAUCACCCCCACUUGCUGUUGUAACCCCACCUCCAACGCCCACAAAGCCAGCAGUGGCUUCAGUUCCUACCUACAUCCCUACAACCACAGCCACUGCAAGAGUGGCUCCGACUCCAGUGUCCUUUUCUCCACAAGUACUCCAGUCCUCCAGCCUCAGCCCCUUCGGAGAGGGAGCCAAUACCCCCACCAGAGGCACCCCAUCUGGACGCACCACACCCUCCACUGCUCUACGACAGGGAGUUCCACAGAAACCAUACACCUUCCUCGAUGAGAAAGCGAGGGGUCGAUUUGGAGUGAUUCGUGAGUGCAGAGAGAAUGCAACAGGUAAAAUCUACAUGGCAAAGAUCAUACCCUACAGCCAGGAGAGCAAGCCGGAAGUGCUGAAGGAGUACGAGAUCCUGAAGUCCCUUCACAACGAGAAGGUCAUGGCUCUCCACGAGGCCUAUGUUACGCCGCGUUACCUGGUGCUGGUGGCAGAGUACUGCACAGGCAAAGAGCUGCUGUACAGCCUCAUAGACAGGUUUCGUUACUCUGAGGAUGAUGUAGUAGGCUACCUGGUCCAGAUUCUCCAGGCCGUCGAGUACCUCCACAGUCGCCGCAUCCUCCAUCUGGACCUUAAGCCUGACAACAUCAUGGUGACCAACCUCAACAUUAUCAAGAUUGUGGACUUUGGCAGCGCUCAGAGUUUCAACCCCCUCAACCUGAAACUCCAGGACUCUGGAGCAGGAACACUGGAAUACAUGUCUCCUGAGAUGGUUAAGGGUGAAGUUGUAGGUCCUCCAGCUGAUAUUUGGACUAUUGGAGUUGUCACCUACAUCAUGCUUAGUGGUCGACUGCCCUUUGAAGAUAAAGACCCUCAACAAGUUGAAUCUAAAAUCCUGAUUGCGAAGUUUGACCCCACAAAACUGUAUGCAAACGUGUCCCAAAGUGCUUCAGCUUUUCUCAAGAAGAUGUUGAGCAGUUAUCCAUGGGCCCGCCCAACUACACGUGAUUGCUUCACACACGCCUGGCUGCAGGACUCUUACCUGAUGAAGCUCAGGAGGCAGACGCUCACCUUCACCUCGAGCCGACUCAAGGAGUUCCUGGUGGAACAGCAAAGCCGUCGCACCGAGAGCGCCACCAAGCAUAAGGUUCUGCUGCGCACUUACCAGAGCUCACCCCGUACCCCAACAACCGGGACUCUGCCACAUGUUUCCAACCCCAACUGAGACAAACGAUGGAAAUGCAGGACCAGGCGUUGAGUUUGUAGAGUCGGAUCUUCCCAAAAGAAAGUGAAAUACAAGUUGAACCACUGCUGCUCUGAGGUGCUGUUAAAAGCACUGAGGACGAGCAACAGAGCAACGGAUAUUGCUGAAAUAUCCAAAGGGAGCACACUUCAGAGUUAUUUUGGGAAAAUUUAAGAUUCAGCACCAGAAAAUUAAAAAAAACAGACUGCACCGAUCAUUGUGCUGACCAGAUGAAGUUAAGCUUAUAAGCCGGUACUCGGACACGAGAUGUUCUUUGGUUUUCUUUUGAUUGCACAGCCGCUCGGUCACAUUGUGAAUUCUGAAAUUGCACAUUGAUAUUUAAUUUAGAUCCUUUUCAGUCUCCACUCUGCACGAUGAACCUGGAACAUGUUCCCAUCAGUAGUUCUUCUGCACUCAGUUUAAUAGUUAACAACUCAUGUGAAUGUACCAUUAUUUAAGCUGCUAACUUAUUUUUGCAUUUACUAACAUUUAAAACUCAAAACCAAAAAUAUUUCUUUUUCAUUUUUUGGAAAUUUGUUUACUUUUUCAUGUUAAUUUAUUUGCAUGCAUGUGUGUGUGAGUGUGUGUGUGUGUGUAUGAGCAGUUUUAAAUCCACUCUUUAAAUUAGUAGUGGGGGUAAAUAUCAACUAAGGAGAGUCUUUGUGAUUGGUGUCAAGAGUCACAUGGUGAACUAUUUUCGGGUGUGAUAGGAAUUUGUUGUACAACCUCUUGUUCUGUGCUUAAUCCUAAACUCUAAGACAACAAUAAAGAGCCGUUCAUAAUGUAGAUAAUGUUUUUUUUUCUCAGAAAUCACGCUGUAGUUUGUCAGUAUUAAAUUGGUUGGUCUGGUUGCUCAAGAUCAUGAUCGUCCAGUGAGUGCCUCAAUCAGGUUAACGUCCACAAUGUUGAUCUUCUAAAUGUAUGUCCAUCAGUUUAUAAAGCAGAAGUUUGGUUACAGUGCUUGGACAUUAAAAGUAACUGAGUGUAAAGUCGUACAUGCAUUCAGUAUUUACAUAAAGUCUUUGUAAUAUUAGGAUGUCUUGUGUAUUGCUCUAUCACCGUGUUCCUUUUAUAUGAAUUUGGAUGGUUGAAGAUUUGUAAAUGUACCAAUUUGCGGUGUUUAUAUGUGUUGAAUAAAGUUGAAAAUGUUUUUAUGAGAUAGUAUGUAAUAAACUAUUGAUACAAUUGGGAA